ACCUGAUCGUCCAACUUAUCAUCAUUGGGGUACAUCAUCCAACAUUCCCUCACUUUAAACUUUUCCUUCAUUCUAAACCUGAGGGAAAAGCAACCUCCAGGAGUUAAAUAGCGCGAGGAUUAGAGUAGACUAGAGUGAGGAGUGAUGUCCAGAGAUUACUCAUUGAGUUAAUUUAUCUAAAAAAAAAAUUAAAAAAGCCCAGCACUGAAAAAGUGUUUAUCCGAGAGUAAGCAGAGACUCGACAAUAACCUGCUGCUGUGAGCACAAUGACUCCACUGUAUCGGACACUCCUGCUCUUCACAGUCAGUAUGGCUUCCCUACAGCCACAGAGGUCUUUGCGGAGUAAAAGGGGUUUGCUGGAACUUGCUGGAGUUAUCAAGUGCAGCACUGGAAGAACAGCUUUAGCUUAUAUGAUAUACGGAUGUUACUGUGGCCUUGGGGGUCAAGGGUGGCCCAGGGACAGAGCAGACUGGUGCUGUCACAAGCAUGACUGCUGUUAUGGGGAUGCAGAAUUUGCAGGCUGUCAAACAAAGACAGAGCAGUACCACUGGACAUGUGACGAUAAGAAGGCUGACUGUGACUCCUUUAAUGACAGAUGUGCGAAAAUCCUCUGCCGAUGUGACAGGGAGGCAGCCAGAUGCCUGAGGAAAGCACCAUUCAACAGAAAAUACGCUCUGUGGCCAGAUUUCCUCUGUGGAAGCGUACAUCCUACCUGCAAUAUUUACUAAUUUCAGUAAAGUAUAUUUGGUAAUUCAAUCUUUUGAGAACAUCUAAAAACAUGUAUUGUAUAUCUGAUGACAAUUAUAUGUUGAUUGACUUUUGUCGAUAUUUUUAAAUUAUUUCCAAUUUCUAUUAUAUGUCAUUUGUUUUUCACAUUUGCAUAACUGAGUGAAAUAAGUGAAUGCAUUAAAAUAUGUACAAAAUAUUAUUAAUUAUAAGCCUCAUCCUAUAUGGAAGCUUCCAGUGUGUUUUCAGAAUGCCACUUCACCACCUUGGUCUGUAGGGGAGGCCGGGGCUAGUUGUGACACAUUUUACCCCAGUCCAUUUCUGUAGACACAUGCCUUAAAGCGUUGACUACAAAAAAAGCUAUUGAAUAUGUUCACUGUUAUUGCCCAGGAAGAAAGAUAUAACUAAGGUUGUACACAUGUUGACCUUUUGUAAAUAUAUGGUAUGUUACAGUAUACUGUAUACAUGCUGUAUUUUGAAAUGUAUUUGUAACAAUUGACACACUGUUGAUGUCUACUCAUCAGCUGCUAAGUUUUCCUUUUUAUACCUACCUGAGCAUUGUUAAACCAUCAAAUAACAAAUAAAGAGUAAUAGAUCUUAAACUGUACUUCAGGAAGCUCAGACAUCUAUUAAUUGCAUUACAUUUCUAUUAAGCUGUUCAUUAGCUGCAAAUUGAGACAAAACAUGGCACAAUUAAGUAUUAAAACAAAAGUUAAAUGUAUGUGUACUAGCAAAAUGUAGGGUCUGUGAACAUAUGGUUGUGCAUAUUAGAAGUGCAAG